UCGGUCUCUCCGUGGCCUCUUGCUUCCGUUCUGCAUUUGCAUUCCUCCCCGGCUUGCCCUUCCUUCGACCCACCAACUCUUGCCUCCCCUUGCAUUCCCCUGCUCGCUGCUGACGACAAUAUGUGGAAGCGAUCCAAGAUUCUCAACGUGCUGCUGCUGCUGGCCGUCUCGUUUGCCUGCUACCUCAUUCUCAAAAACAUCUACUAUGCGGCAGCCGGACUGGCGGGGCUGCCGCCCUUGCUGCACAUCCUGCUUCUGCUCAACAUUGGCCUGUGGUGCUGGGCUUCCAACCUCGACAUCCUCUCUCGGUUCGGGAUCGACACUCUCUAUAUCCUUCACGUCGAUACUCCGGCGUCGCUCUCGGUCUUCCAGUCUGUCCAGCACUACCAGCAGCAUCAGGUCGAUCAGAUGGCCCAUCCGCCCCUCGGCUCGGCUCGCAGCUCCAGCCUGGACCUGCGGUCGUCCAUCGACAUCCGGGACCUCGGCACAGCUCCUUCAAGUGCACCCAAGAUCAACCUCGCAGCAUUCACCAAGAGCGGCAGCCCUGGCGGCUCCAGUAUCGUCACGAUGCCGUCGUCAAACAAGAGCAGCGAAGGAUCGUCGAUUGCGUUGGCGCCGGCGGACUCACCUGUGUCAUCCUCCCACCACAACGUCUACUCUCUGGCAUCUUGCUUUACGGUCAUCUUUGUUGCGGCACUGUUUGGACAUGGGCUUGUUUCAUGGAUCUGGAAAGACGACAGGAGCAUCCUCUUUCCGAUCGCAGCACUAGGCAUUUCGUUCCUGUUGGCGGCGAUACCUGCCAUAUCCCUCUUUGCCGAAGAACGCAUCAAGUUCUGGAACUCGAUGAAACGGAUCGUAUUUGGUGGUAUCUUUUCGGCAGUACCCUUUUGCGAUGUCAUCCUGGCAGAUAUCCUGACUUCAUAUGCCCGAGUGUUUGGGGAUCUACACCUGGCGCUUAUCGAGCUCUGGUGGACAGAAGAAUCCGAGCUUGGAGCCUCCACCAGCAGCGAGCUCCCGGGUCUGUCUCUAUCGGACUGGAUUGGACCGGUCAUCAUAAGUCUGCCAUAUCUCUUCCGGUUGCGUCAAUGUGUCGCCGAGUUUUGUCUGGCCACCGAUCGGGGUAGCCGUGGGCGGCACUUGCUCAAUUCCCUCAAGUAUCUUUCGUCCAUUCCCGUGAUUGCGGCAUCGUUCUCGAUGGCGUGGAUUCGUCUCAAGAGCUAUAGCGAUAUCGACGAUGCGGCGACACUGGUCGAGAUCGAGUCCAAUAUGAAGUUCACGGUAACCAUAUGGGUGUUCUUCAACAUGAUCAACACCAUCUUUUCAAUCUACUGGGACAUCUUUGUCGACUGGCAGCUUGGCGGAACUAGCAACGCCAUCAACGCCAGCAUGCACAACAGCAACAGCGGGAGCUUCCUGAGUCGGCUGAAGAAGGAGCUGGCGAGUCUGCUGCUCCGGCCGGUGCUGCACUUUCCGAGCGCCAUGCCGUACUACUUUGCGAUGGCGUUCGAUGUCAUUGUGCGGUUCUCGUGGUGCCUCAAGGUCGAUCUGAUGUACACGCUGAUGACGAUGACAGUCAAAGAGUGGCAGACCCGGCAGCUCGGUGACGAGCACGAACAGAUCGCGGGCCAGACCCUGGCGAUCCUGGAGGAGGCCGUCGUUCUGGAGCUGCUGAUCAAGCUCUUUGAGAUUGUCCGGCGGUGGGUCUGGGUGUUUUUCAGAAUCGAGCGCGAGUGGGUGAUGAGAGGCUUGAGCCAAGCUGGUGUCUUCAAGGAGCGAGGCAAUUUUUCGACCAAGUUGUAUGCCUAAUGAAUGACUGGCCCAGAAGCAUCAUUUUGGAUGCGCUCGCAGAUUGGCAGGCGAGCGGUGGGUAACAAAUUGUUCGGUCAAUGACCAAAAACCAAGGUGUCCCGUUUCUUUCUGGAU